AUGGACAUGGACUCGGCCUCGGAGCGGCUCGACGGCCGAGGUCCCCGCACGAGGCCCAAAUCCUCCAGGGCACCGGAGUCCUUCAGGCGGGUGGGGAUCCUGGUCCUGGCCGUGGUGCUCACCCUGGCCUGCUUGGUCGCCAUCGGCUUCCUGGUGAAGAUUUACCUGGACCACCACUACCUGUUCUGCAAGCAGCCCCUGAAGCUGGUGCCGCUGAAGCAGGUGUGCGACGGGCAGCUGGACUGCCUGCAGGGCGAGGACGAGGCCACCUGUCCCCAGUGGGUCCCCCAGGGGCCACCAGCCAGGGCCCGCGUUUCCAAAGACAGAUCCAUCCUGCAGGUGCUCCAGAGCCACACUGGCACCUGGUCCUGUGUGUGCCACGACCACUUCACCCCGGCGCUGGCCAGAGCUGCCUGUGAGCAGAUGGGCUACAGCAGCACCCCAGCCUUCCAGGGCGUGGAGGUGAGCUCGGGGCAGCCUCUGCCUCCCCGCGAGGUGGUGCUGAGCAACGGGAGCCUGCAGGUGCUUGAGCCAGGCAGGAAAUGCCUCUCGGGGCUGGUCGUGUCGCUCUUUUGUUCCAACUGCGGGCAGAGCGUGCGCACCCCGCGGGUGCUGGGGGGCAGCCCGGCUGCCAUCGAGGCGUGGCCCUGGCAGGUGAGCCUGCAGUACAGGAAGGAGCACAUCUGCGGGGGCAGCAUCAUCGGGCCCGGCUGGGUGCUCACGGCCGCGCACUGCUUCAAGAACAACCCCAUCAUCCAGAGCUGGCGUGUGAAGGCCGGCUCCGACCUGCUGUCGGGCGCUGCCACCAUCGCCGUGGAGAAGGUGUUCCUGGCCGAGGUGACGCCCGCGUCCCCCAAGGAGAACGACAUCGCCCUGGUGAAGCUGCGCUCCCCCCUGCACGACUCAGACAGCACCAAGCCCAUCUGCCUGCCCUAUUUCGAUGAAGAGCUGGUGCCAGGCACGCCCCUGUGGGUGAUCGGCUGGGGCUACACAGAGGAGCACGGGAAGCUGUCGGAGCAGCUGCAGCAGGCCGAGGUGGAGCUCAUCGACAAGCAGAGCUGUAACCUGGCCGCCUACCACGGCGAUGUCACCGACAGGAUGCUGUGUGCCGGCCUGCCCCAGGGCGGCGUGGACACCUGCCAGGGGGACAGCGGCGGGCCCCUCCUGUACUCAGGAGGGCACUGGCAGGUCGUGGGCAUCGUCAGCUGGGGCCAGGGCUGCGGCACCCCCAGCACACCCGGCGUCUACACCAGUGUCCGUGCCUACCUGGACUGGAUCUACGCCGUGCUCAGGUCGGAGCUCUGA